ACUCGGCAUAUCCUCCCAAUGGAUUCCACACUUCCCUCCAUGAUCAGACCCCACACCAAACUCUAGAGUAAAAAGAAUAGAAAGCGAGCGAGCGAGCGAGAGAGAGAGAGAGAGAGAGAGAGUUGCAAUGGCUUCAGCCACAGCUAGAGCCAGCUUCUCCUUUCGCCACCUCCACACCCUGCACGCCGCGAAGCCCACUAAAAACCACCUCCCCCAUCCCUUCCCAACCUCCAAAACUCCCAUCCUCUCCCCUUCCCACAAGCCACUUGUAAUCCUCCAUCGCUUCGCCGUCUCCUCCGUCGACGUCUCCAAAGAAGACAAGCCCGUCGCCCGACCAGAAGGAGACCCCUCCCCUGACCCACCCCCCGCCCCCGCACAGCAGGAACCGAAGCUCGACCCUCGCCGCGUCGAGGAGCGGUUCGCGGUGCUCAACACCGGAAUUUACGAGUGCCGGUCGUGCGGUUACCGCUACGACGAGGCGCUCGGCGACCCCUCCUACCCAAUUCCGCCCGGGCUGCAAUUCGCGAAGCUCCCCGACGACUGGCGGUGCCCGACGUGCGGCGCCGCCAAGUCCUUCUUCGAGAGCAAGAGUGUGGAGAUUGCUGGGUUUGCGGAGAACCAGCAGUUCGGACUUGGGGGCAACACGCUGACAGCAGGGCAGAAGGCAUUCCUCAUCUAUGGCGGCCUCUUGCUUGGCUUCGUGCUCUUCCUUAGCGGCUACUUCUUGCAAUAACAUGGGCUCAGGGAGGUCUCAGAUGCAGUAAUCAGUGGUGCCACAGCUCUCUUUGUGGGUUGUUUUGAAUAACUUCUUUAUGUAUCAAUCCAAAUCCUUGAUUUUAGCUUGAACAUUUGAAAAAUGUUUUGUUACUAGCAACCCCUUUCUAAUUAUGAAGUGUUACUGGAUGCUGUAUUCUUUUUUAAGUUUUGAAGCAUCGGCUUAUUGCCCAGGCAACUCUUUGUUCCUAUAGUAUAAGGAGGCACUAAAAGAAGAGAGGAUUUUUUUUCUUUCUUUUUUCUUUUUUUUUUGAAUGGAAAGACAAGAGAAGAUCUAACAGAAAGUAGUUUAAUACACAUUGACUGCAGUGACUUUGUUGAAUUGCAAUUGCCGAAGUUUUUGGAAAUCGCUGAGAAUUUCAUGCUCGUUGCAGUAAUUGUGCUUUAUGGAAGAUGUGUUUGGCUGGUCUUGAUGAAUUCUUCAUAUCGCCGUAAAUAUCCUCUAGCUGAACAUUUUUCUGCUAUUAUGCUGAAAGGGCUCCAACAGAGAAUAUUAGGUUUAUAAUUGUGAUGUGGCUCAUUUGGGAUAUCAGCAGGAGAUCAGAUGGUUCUGGAAAUUUGGAAAAGAAUGAGUAAAGAGAACGGUGCUUAACCGAAGCACUGUCAGCAAUAGGAUUUGCCCUUCUCAUUCUGAUAUGCUCCUUUCAUGAUGCUUUCUGGUGUGCUGCAUUCAUGAUGCUGGAACCUUAUUUUAAGCAACCAGGCCAUUACUCAUGGCCUCAAUCGAAAGACAUGAUCCCCAUCCUAGUUCUUAUACUGAUCUUGGAUGCCGAUUCCAGUUGAUCUUAGUAUUGCUAAAAUUUCACAUUACCUUGAUUUCAGUAAUAGUGAUAAUCUCAGUUUCUAUCCACUUCCGGCCGGUCUUAUGUAGUGGUGUCAGAUUAUUCCCCUUUUCUAUUUAAUAUCUUGAUUUCAGUCCCAAUCUCAAUCCUUGGAGACAAGCAUAUCCUUGACCUCAUCUUAUGUUGUGUGUCUUAACAUUGAUCCUCCUCCCAAUUCCUGAAUUUAAACAACCAUUUGAGACCGAGACUGAGGGGAUAUCCGUAGGUACCUUUCAGAUCCAGACUAUACUCUUUUAAGCCCUGAGUUCAAUCUCAACUGAAGAACUGCGAAUUUGAAUUGAGUCUUGAGCAUAGCGCUGCUUUUAAUAUCAGUAUUAUUAUCUUCCGAUAUUAAAUAAUUAUUGUCCUAAAUCAUAAUAUAGCAGAAGCCUCAAUAUAAUAAGGCUGUAAAUGAACCAAGUUGACCCUGAAUAGAUCAAUCUAAACAGGCUCUAUCAAGCUUGUUUAAUUAGGACAAUAAACCAAGUUCAUUUUUCACAAACGAGCAUGCCUGAAAACUUUCAGCUUGUGAAAACAAAUAGAAGCUUGGUCUCAGCUUGAUAAGAAGCUGUUCAGUUAACAAGCAAGCAAAGUUUGAAUAUUUUUGCCUAAGCUUAGCUCAACUUCAGCUGAUCUCGAGCUCACAUAUAUAAAUGGAGCCUGAGCAACUUGGCUCAGCUUGUCCGCACCAUAGAUGCUUGGACAUUAAAAUAGUUAAGACUAUUUUAAGGGAGAAAUGUAUUAAUCCUGCAAUACGGACAACCUAGAAAAAUCUCAGCUUAUAACAAACUGAGCCCUAGUGCCACCUGUAGAAAGAAAAAAACAACCCCAUUAGUUUUGACAUACGUAUGCUAUAUGCAAGUUUUAUGAUAGUAGAAUCAGCAUUCAUAAGGGAAAAAUUGAAUUUAGGUCUUAGACCUGUCAUGCAAGCGACUGGAUAAUGUCCUGUCUCAAUACAUUGAACUACUCAGCAAAGAACCAAUUUAUCCCUCUCCAUCCCCAUCUUGCAACAGUUCAAAUGUUUCUGAAAACAGGAUAGUUGAAGCAUGAUACCAUGUAAAGGUCUGACGACAGAUAAUCAGGUCACAUCAUCGGACAGCCUAAUAUGGACAAAUGGUGAUCUUUAAAUAUGAUAUAACCUUCAUACUGCAUAAAAAGUCCAAUACAUACAGCACUGACCUUACAACCAUCUUAAAACAUAUGCAUUAGGUACAAU